AGACAACCCCAACCAGCUGCUGGUAGGUGGAUCCAGUCGCAUCAUCUUGCGCCCCUCUUCUACUUGGAUGCUUCUUGAGUUUCUUGUUGCAUCCUUGCAGAUUUACAUUUCAGGGUUUUAUUACAUCGCUGGACAUUGUGUAGCAGCUCCAGCUUGGCUUUCUGACACACUAAGUUGCCAAUAGUGUGAACUGGAUUCCACAUCAGACACAUGGAUCAUGAGGUCUUGGAGCAUAUAAUUGAUGGAAGACAGAAGCCCACAGAUCUACCAUUUGCACUUUUGAAGGAUAUCACAGAAAACUUUUCUGACGAUAGAGAAAUUGGCCAUGGUGGAUUCGCAACAGUUUAUCGGGGUGUGCUCCGAAACGGGAAAACCGUUGCUGUAAAAAGGAUAAUGAGCAACCAUUCAAUCAAUGAGACGUUAUUUCGCCGUGAAGUUGACACCCUAUUGAACAUUGAACAUGAAAAUGUGGUACGGUUUCUUGGCUUUUGUGCUAGCACAAAGCAGAUAGCCAUAAAAAAUCAAGGAUUGAAAGAGCAUAUUUACGCCGAGGUGAGAGAAAGAUUGCUAUGUUUUGAGUAUGUCAGCAAUGGAAGCCUGCAAAAAUAUAUUACUGAUGAAUUACGGGGACUUGAAUGGAACACACGUUUUGAAAUAAUUAGAGGCAUUUGUGAAGGUUUGUAUCAUCUGCACAAUGAUAAGCAAAUAUAUCAUAUGGAUAUGAAACCUGACAAUAUACUACUAGACAAUGAUAUGAUGCCGAAAAUCACGGAUUUCGGUUUAUCGAGACUUGAUGAGAAGUCACAAACUAUGAGUGAAGAGCGUCUUGGAUCACUAGGAUACUGUGAUCCUGAAUACCGAGGCCAUGGAAGGAUGUCAUUCAAAUCAGACAUGUACAGUUUAGGCGUUAUAAUUAUCGAGCUAGUCACAGGACAAAAGGCGCUCCCCAAUAAGAAUAACAAUACACUUAGGAGAUGGGGGCAUAGAUGGAAGAAAACAGGGAAGGAAACACAGUUGGCUUACCAACAAGUAGCAAAAUGCGUCGAAAUUGGGUUACUAUGCCAGGAAAUUGACCCAUCCAAACGGCCUUAUAUAUGGCAAAUGAUACAUGAUAUAAGAGAAAUUGAUGGUCCUAAUGAAAAAACCAGCAAUGCAUAUGAACAGAUAAGCCCUUACAAGGAAUAUGAUAUGCUUGGAAUUGAGCCACUUGAACUACAUUUUCCAUUUGAGCUUAACAAACUGAUGUCUUGUACACUUUGGCUAACCAAUGAGACAGACUCUUACAUUGCCUUCAACAUUGAAAAUACGAGCCCCCUGUCAUACUGCACACAGCCACAGAAAGCCAUUAUGCCGCCACAAUCAAAGUGUAAUGUCCACAUAACAUUGCAGCUGCAGGGCAAGUCACCAGGAUAUAUGCAUCGUGCCAAUGAAUUUAUUGUAUGGAGCACCAAAGUGAAAGAUUGCCUUGCAGUUGAGGAUAUAACUAGAAACAUGUUCAUUAAUGAGGCGGUCAACGUGGUUGAUGAGGUGAAUUUGGAUGUUGAUUUUGACGCCAGUGAGCUACAAGAAGCAAGUAAGAAAUUCAGUGAGUUGAAACAAUAUCAGAAGGGUACUGCAUUAAUCAGCAUCGAACAUAUGCCAGAUCUCAGAGAGAUCUCCGCAAAAUUUGGCGGUGCAGCUGCUGAUCUAGAGUAUGUGUCGAGGACCGGUGUAGUUAGCAAUCAUCCAAGCAAUGCUAUAAUCGAUGUGCAACUAGUGGAUUCUGGUUCCCAUGGUGAUAAAAGGAUAUCAGCAAGGUCACCGGCGUCCACUUCCUGCCAGCUGCAUGUUCCAUUUCCAGGAGCGGGAGCUGGUGGAGAGGUCUCGUGGAGCAAUAUUAUUGGUGUGAUUGGUCGUGACCUCUUCAUGUAUUGCCUCCACCGCCUCUCCAGGUGGGAAUAUGGCGCCAUCGCCUCCCUCAACCGUGAUUUCAAUUCGGUGGUUCGCAACGGAGACAUCUACCGCCUGCGUCGCAAGAAUGGGGUGGCCGAGCACUGGAUAUACCUCUCUUGCAGUAAUCCUCAUGAGUGGGAGGCUUAUGACCCGUCCACUGGGCGCUGGAUCCAAGUGCCCAAGAUGCCAACGGCUGGAAGCUGCAUCUGGGGCUCGUUCGCUGUAGGAACCGAGUUGCUUGUGUUUGUAAACGGAAGGGUUGCCUUGAGAUAUAGCAUCCUUACCAAUUCAUGGACAGGUCUGGCUGAUGCAAUGAACACCCCGCGGUACUGGUUUGGGUCAGCAAGUGUGGGUGAAAAGGCGUAUGUCGCGGGAGGCACUGAUUCUUCUCAUAAUGAAUUGAGCUCCGCAGAGAUGUAUGACUCAGAGACGCAUACCUGGACACCCCUUCCCAGCAUGAAUAGGGCUAGGUACGAAUGCUCUGGUGCGUUCAUGGACGGCAAGUUCUAUGUGAUCGGUGGUAUUACCAGUAGGUACGAGGUAUUGACAUGCGGUGAGGAGUAUGACUUGAACCGGCGGUCAUGGAGGGUCAUCGACAACAUGUCUCUCGGGCUCAACCAGACAUGCCUGGGAGCUCCUCCGCACAUUGCAGUUUUCAAUAAUGAGCUUUAUGCUGCUGAUUAUAGUAAGAAUAAUGAGUUGAAGCAGUAUGAUAAGCUGGACAACAAGUGGAUCACUCUUGAAAAAUUGCCUGUACUAUCUACAAACAAUGGCUGGGACAUUGAUUUCCAAGCAUGUGGUGACAGGGUGAUUGUUAUUGGGCCUCCAAUCAAUUCUACUGAUGAAAGGGUGAUUGAGCUUCAUUCAUGGACCCCAGAUGGGCAACCGCCCGUGUGGACUUUGUUUGCUACACGACCAUUCGGGGGCUACCAGAUUGUGAGUGCUGUGAUGGGUUGCUGAGUGGGUCAACUGAAUAAAGGUUGGAUACAUGCAAGAUAUGAGCAGUGCUGGCUGUGCCUCAUUCUCAGCCUCAAUUUCAUGGGAGCGCUGAUGAUACAAAAAGAGAAGACACGAAUGAGUUCCAGAGAAAGUGCCUGCAGAAACAUCCAAGUUUUAGUCACUAGCUGUUAUUUCCAGUUGCAAUUUGUGUUCCAAUAGUGUUUUGACGCUUUCGAACUUCGAAUUAAGUCUCUAUCACCCAACUUUAUGUGUAGCGUAGAACAUUACUACCAGUUACUUUCAAACAUCGA